AAUUCUUGUUGUGAGCCAGUGUCUACGAUUUGCCUAGAAUUAAAUGUGUACAAAUUAAUAAUUAUGAGUCGCUCGCGCUGCAUGCUGCAGCAGCGUUGGUUUUCUGUACCGUUUAUCGUCUGUUCAUCAGCUGCCUGCCAUGUGUUUCAUUUUUCAUUUCUUAUCAAUCCCGCCCAGCUCAGUUACUGACCUCCAAAAGUGAAGAGAAGCUAGAUCUAGUCUCGAAAUGGACAAGAUAUUGUUUGAUUUUUGGAGAAUCACCCAUACGUUUAACAGCAUACUAGGAUUGGCAGUAUGACUCAAAAGCAAGGGUUCUAGGAAGGAGGCAAUGCUCAUGCAUGAUGUUGAUGCUGGUCAUUCUGACAUGAUACAUGAUGCACAAAUGGACUAUUGUGGUGCCAAACUUGCAACUUGCUCAUCGGAUAAAACAAUAAAAGUCUUUGAUGUUAUCAAUGGAGCGUAUAAACCGCUUGCAACUUUAAGAGGCCAUGAAGGUCCUGUCUGGCAAGUGUCUUGGGCACAUCCUUCAUUUGGAACAAUUUUAGCAUCAUGUUCAUAUGACAAGAAAGUUAUUAUUUGGUCAGGAUCUGAUACAAGUUGGAAAUCUAUUCAUGUAUAUGAGGAUCAUGAAUCUUCUGUUAAUUCAUUGUCUUGGGCUCCACUUAAUUAUGGAUUAAUGCUUGCAUGUGGGAGCUCAGAUGGUUGCAUUUCUGUUCUUACUGGCUCAGGAAAUCAGUGGACUGCAAAAAAAAUAAUAAAUGCUCAUACUAUUGGUUGCAAUGCUGUCAGUUGGGCACCUUUCAAUGCUGAGCUUGGCUAUGCAUCAUCUGCUGAUGAUACUGAACUAUUUGCAAAACGAUUUGUAACUGGUGGAUGUGAUAAUCUCGUUAAGAUAUGGAAAUAUGUAGAGAAACAAGAAACAUGGGUUGAAGAAGAUAGGCUGGAAGCCCAUUCUAAUUGGGUCCGAGAUGUUGUAUGGGCACCAUCUGCAAUAUUUGAACAGAGCGUAAUUGCAAGCUGUUCUCAAGAUAAAAGAGUGAUAAUCUGGACCAAGAAAAAAGGAUCUAAUUGGACUCCAAAAGCCUUGCCUGCAUUUGAGGAUGUUGUUUGGCAUGUCAGCUUUUCAGCUACUGGUGGCAUGCUAGCAGUUUCUGGAGGAGAUAAUGAAGUCAGUUUAUGGAAAGCUGUUAAUAGCACAACUUGGGUAAGAUUAGAUGAUGUUAAAAAAAGUAAAGAAGAAAAAAAGUCUUGAUGCAAAUAUAUUGUGAUAAGAAAAACAAGAAAAAAAACCUUGCAAUCUGUUAAAUUUUUACUCUCAUUUUUGAAAAUAAAAUUUCUUUAUAUUUUUUAAUGA